AAGCCCUCACGCAAGGUCAUCCUCGAGCCGGGCCGCUCGCCGCUGGACUGGGCGCGCAUCGCGAACCACCCGACGUCCGACCUGCGCAACCUGCCCGCCGGCACGCCAUACCUGCGCGUCACGCCGAGCAUGCUGAAGCAGCAGACGGGCCGCAAGGGCAAGGACGCCUGGACGGCGCUGAACGGCCGCGUGUACAACAUCUCCCCGUACUUGCCGUACCAUCCAGGUGGAGAGCCGGAGCUUCUGCGAUGUGCCGGCCGCGACGGGACCAAGCUCUUUGGAGAGAUCCAUCCUUGGGUCAACUACGAGACCAUGUUGGCGAGCUCCAUGAUCGGUCUCUUCGUCGAGGAGACC